ACGUGUCUUUUCUUUCUGCAGGAGGAGAUACAACAGUUGAAAAGCAGGGUGGACAAAGUGGAAAAAGAGAGGAAUGAGCUGCGACUGAACAACGACCGCCUGGAGAGCAGGAUCACAGAACUGAAUUCUGAGCUCGCAGACGAGAGAAACACCGGAGAAUCUGCCUCCCAGCUACUGGAGACAGAGACUUCCGAGAGGCUGCGUGUAGAAAAAGACAUGAAGGAUCUGCAGGCUAAAUAUGAUGCACUUAAAAAGCAGUUGGAAUCCAUGGAAGUAGAGGUGAUGGAAGCCCGACUGAUCCGCGCAGCAGAGCUAAAUGGAGAGAUGGAUGAUGAUGAUUCUGGAGGGGAGUGGCGGCUCAAGUACGAGCGAUCUGUACGUGAGAUUGACUUCACAAAGAAACGGAUGCAGCAGGAGUUUGAGGAUAAACUGGAGGUGGAACAGCAGAGCAAGAGACAGCUGGAACGCAGA